GGCGUGGCGAGUGAGGGACAAGCAAGUGGUCCAGCGGCCAAGUGGGGGACACUGCGGGUGCGGGAGGAUUCGAGGGCAACCCAGCUUCUUGAUAUGCACCUGCGCCGCAGCGAGAUAUCCCGGGCAGGUAGGUAGCAUCGUAGGUUGUGUACAUACACUAUAUAGUCCUUGCCUCCUGCCACCACCUCGCGUAUCACCCCCCGCGUGCCUCGCGCGUGCCACGGCGUCAUAAUUAUUGUGUAUGUACUCCGCAACUCGAGGAGUCAUCGUCCGCUCGCUUUGAAUAUCUGGUUGAUUCACUUGCAGGUCGCGAUGAAGUCGUCCGUCACGUCGGCCACGGCCCUGCUGCUGGCCCUCGCCGGGAGCCCCGCCGCCGCGGCGCCCGUCGUCGACACCGCAUACCCGUACACCGGGCCCGACGUGCCGGUGGGUGACUGGGUUGACCCCACCGUCAACGGCAACGGCAAGGGCUUCCCGCGUCUGGUCGAGCCUCCUGCCGUGCGGCCGGCGACGGCGAACCCCACGAACAACAUCAAUGUCAUCUCGCUGUCGUACCUGCCCAAGGGUAUCAACAUCCACUUCCAGACUCCCUUCGGCCUCGGCGUCGCCCCGAGCGUGCGUUGGGGCACCAGAAAGGACAAGCUGGACAAGGAAGCCACGGGGACGACCCACACCUACGACCGAACCCCUCCCUGCUCCCAGGUCGUGGUGACUCAGUGCAGCCAGUUCUUCCACGAGGUGCAGCUACACGACCUCAAGCCUGGCACCACCUACUACUACCAGAUCCAGGCCGCCAAUGGCACUACCGCAUCCGACGUGUUGAGCUUCAGCACGGCCCGUGCCGCCGGCGAUGACACGCCUUUCACCGUGGCCGUGCUGGCUGACAUGGGCUACACGAACGCUGGCGGCACGUACAAGCAGCUGCUCGACGUGCUGCACCAGGACGCCGCUUUCGUCUGGCACGGCGGUGACAUCUCCUACGCCGACGACUGGUACUCGGGCAUCCUCCCCUGCGAGGAUGACUGGCCCGUGUGCUACAACGGCUCGUCCACCAGCCUCCCCGGCGGCGGGCCCAUCCCCGACGAAUACAAGGUCCCCUUGCCCGCCGGCGAGAUUGCCAACCAGGGCGGGCCUCAGGGCGGCGACAUGAGCGUGCUCUACGAGUCUAACUGGGACCUGUGGCAGCAGUGGCUCAACAACGUGACCAAGCAGGUGCCGUACAUGGUUCUGCCCGGCAACCACGAGGCCGCCUGCGCCGAGUUCGACGGCCCGGGCAACAUCCUGACCGCCUACCUCAACGACAACGAGAAGAACACGACGGUGCCCAAGUCGAACCUUACCUACUACAGCUGCCCGCCCUCUCAGCGCAACUACACGGCCUUCCAGCACCGCUUCCGCAUGCCCGGUGCCGAGACGGGCGGCGUGGGCAACUUCUGGUACUCGUUCGACUACGGCCUGGUCCACUUCGUUGCCAUCGACGGCGAGACGGACUACGCGGGGAGCCCGGAGUGGCCGUUCGCGCAAGAUCUGAAGAAGGGCGAGACGCACCCGACGCCCGAGGAGACCUUCGUCACCGACAGCGGGCCGUUCGGCGCCGUGGACGGCGACUACAACGACAACAAGGCGUACCAGCAGUACAAGUGGCUCGCGGCCGACCUGGCCAGCGUCGACCGCAAGAAAACGCCGUGGGUCAUCGCCAUGAGCCACCGGCCCAUGUACAGCUCCGAGGUGUCGAGCUACCAGCAGAAGAUCCGCACCGCCUUCGAGGGCCUGAUGCUGCAGUACGGCGUGGACGCAUACCUCUCGGGCCACAUCCACUGGUACGAGCGCCUGUGGCCGCUGGGCGCCAACGGCACCAUCGACCGCGCCGCCAUCGUCGACAAGCACACGUACAUCGCCAACACGGGCAAGUCCAUCACGCACCUCAUCAACGGCAUGGCCGGCAACAUCGAGAGCCACAGCACGCUGGACCAGAGCAAGAUCCUCAACAUCACCGCUGUGCUCGAUCAGGAGCACUACGGCCUCAACAAGCUGACCGUCCACAACGCGUCCGUGCUGACCUGGACUUUCGUCCGCGGAGACGGCAGCGUCGGCGACGAGCUGACCCUGAUCAAGAAGAAGAAGUGCAAGGGGAAGCAGCACUAGGGGGAUGCUUGCUGCCUGUUGUAAUCGACGCCUACUCCUUUCGUCAAGACUGCUGGUAAUAUAGUGUAAUAGAGACGAGACGCA